AUGUCACAUCAAAGUCACGACGGAAGACAACUCCAGAAACAGUUGCAACAAAAUCCCCGACAAAUGCAAAUGAAUUCACCGCUCAAACCAUACCCACAGAACUCGUUUCAGACGCGAAGUACACGAUAUCCGCAAAUCAUCGCAAAUGACAAUCAUUUGAGAAUUCAGUCGCCGUUCAGUAAAGAGGAAGAGUUCGACGAAAUACAGAGUUUAGAUAAUUUUGACGAACAAAACCAUAAUUUGAGACAUUUUGACGGCAAUCAUAAGCAAAGGAAUAAUCGACAAAAUAUUGCUUUCAAUCAUCAAAAUAGUGAUCCAAUCCAUGACAUGGAGAGAGAGAUUGAGGAGCAAAACAGAAGGAAUUAUCGCAACUCUAAUGUCAGACCAAAUCCGUACUCAAUGGGAAUGAAAAUGGUUUUGCCUAAGAAUCGCGAAGAAUCCAAAGUACAUGGAUUUGAGGCGUUUUCAUCUGAUGUAACGCAUGAAGAAAAAGACAAAUUUUAUCCCAAAACUGAUGAAUUAAUACAAGAGUUCCCACAAAACGAGGCAACCAUUCAAUCAGAGGAGCCGUCAGAGGACUACUUGAAUGCACCGGAAAAUGAAGUCGAAUAUCAAAGACAUUUGAAUUUCUUUCCGCCGGUCAUCAGCUCUGAUGAAGAAGAGCGCAGAGUUGUCGAAAACUAUCGCCCAUUUCAACAACAAUCACAUAAAAGUGCACAUAAUUUUGGCAAUCAAUUCAAACAAUCAGAGCAACCGAACCAACACUACAGACAGCAAACAAAACAGAGGCAACAAAAUCAAAACAAAGCCAAUCAUCAGAAUAUUCAAAACUACGGGCAAAACGCCGUUCAACGCAACAAUCCAUACGAAUCGAUAAAUGUUAGGCCACUCUCACAGCCAUUCCGUGGGGAUAGGGAUCCAAAUGAAGACCAUUUUCGCACAAAUCAUAUAAAUAAACAAACGAAUCAAUUCGUGCCUAUAUUUGGCAAUAAUUUGCCAAAACAUUUACACAAGACUACGAAACGGCCCAAAGAAAUAGCGAUCGUCAGAGAAAUCACUCGAAUUAUACCAUCGGAUGAAUUGCAUAAUGCGGAUGAAUCACACGAUGAUAACCCCUUUGACUCUUCACCCAUUGCCACACCGACUCCUCCAGAGUUGCCCGACAUUUAUAUGCCAUUUGAAGACAGAGAUGAAGAUAAAACAGAGACAGAGAGACCAGAGGUAGAAAGGGAUGAUUUAGCCGAAGACAAACCAGAGGAAAGGCCAAUGAAUUUGGGGAAAGAAGAGAACUUCUACGACGACGAGGAGACUGUCGAAGAAGUGACAGAAAAACCUAAAGAGAUGGACAUCGAUGAGGAAACCAAUGAGAAUUCCGCCGAUAAGAAGAACAAAUUCGCUAAAGAAGUGGACGUAAGCGCCGAUGAUUUGGAAAAGUAUUUCGACAGAGAGUUCGCAAACGAGAACCUGAAGGACGAAGAGGGACAGCAAAAGAUUAUGUUUGACGACGAGUUCAAGGAAUCCAACCAACAGGUGGCCAAACACGACAAGACUAGCGAUGAGGACACGGAUGUGGAGGCGGACUAUAAGACGUCCGGAGAUUUUCUUAAAAAUCACGACAACUUCCUCUCAAAGAUAGAGAAAGAAAACGAUAAAUUCAGACAAAGAACUGAAAGCAAAGUGGAAGACGACGACAGCGAUAAGGAGACCGAAACCGAUGACAACAAAACAGGUGUCGAUACAGACGUGGAGAAGGAGUUGGACGGCGAGGGAGACAAGAAGGACAACACCGACGAAGAGAGCGAUGACAGCAAAGAAACCGAUAAGAAAGAGGCGUCCGAUGAGAGCAAUGACGCCGAAGAGGAAGAGAAGAAAGACUCGACAAAAGAGUCAGAAAGUAAGGCAACAGAAGUAGAGGACGACGAGGAAAGCGAAUCAAAAGAAGUGUCAGAAAAAGAGGAGAAAAAAGAUACAGAGAAUGGAGAGAAUGAGACAAAAGAUGGCGAAGAGAAGGAAGAAAAGGAAGACAACGACCAGAAGAAUACAGAAGAAGAUAAGGAAGAAGAGGACAGCGAUAAGGAAAAGAGUGAUAACAAGGGAACCGACGAAACAAGUGAUGAGAAAGUCGUCAAAACAGUUGAUAAAAGCGGCGAUAAAUGCAACGAAAAUAAUUGCGAUAAAGAGUUAUUAAAACAGGAAUCGAAAGAAUCGAAAAAUACACAACAAUUGGGCGCAAAGGAGGAUGAGAUGGAAGCGAUGGCCAAACAGAUAAAACAGCAAUUGAUUGGUCGACCAAAAGCCGACUUAAAUGAACAGAUUUCGAUCGAAUUGAAGGCAAUUGGGAACAAAUUGAACAAAACUCUGCGGAUCUCUCAAAGCCAUAACUUUGCGCCCUUUUUUAUUGAUCUGAAGCGCAUAAAUCCCAACACCAAGAAAGCGAUUCACCAGAAUGUGUGAGUCCAGUGUCCGACUCUCCUCUCAUCAAAGCACCAAACAAUAAAAC